AUGGCACCGGAUGCAGACCUACUCGCCGGCUUCCCGACAAAAGCGCCGGUGAAGCCGACCAAGAAACUUCGCUUCGCGGAUGUCGCCGUCACAGCGACAGCAAAGGAGUUUGCAGGCUUCUACCGUGGCAAGCAGUAUCACGAGCCGGACUUUGAUGACGUCCUCGACCGUGCCCUGGCCGCCGGGGUCGACAAGGUGAUGCUGACGGGCAUGUCGCUCGGCGACGCGGCAAUCAACUUUACCAUUGCGAAGUCACGGCCGGCGGGGACCUGUUUCGUUACCCUUGGUAUACACCCGUACCACGCGGCCGAACCGGAUGCCGAAGAGGAUGGCGGCGAGGACGGGUACUUCAAGAAGCUGGCGCAGGCCGUACGCGUCGCUCUGAAACACACGCUCGGAGGGUCCCCCUCGGUGUUGGCUGCCUUUGGGGAGCUUGGCCUCGAUUACGACCGUCUCAACCACGCCUCCAAGGAGGCCCAGAUCCGCACCUUCAAACGCCAACUGGACCUCUUUGUCGAGGAGCGGUUCGACCUGCUCCUGUUCCUCCACUGCCGCGCCGCAUUCGACGACUUCGCGGGCGUUGUCGGGCCCUACCUCCCCAAGCUGCCCCGUCGAGGUCUCGUCCACUCCUUCGUCGGCACCUCGACCCAGAUGAAAGCCCUCGUGGAAAUGGGGUUCGACGUCAGCGUCAACGGCUUCAGCUUCCAGGACAGGGAGAGCCUAGAGAUGGUGCGCGAGAUCCCGCUGGAGAGGCUGCAGAUCGAGACGGACGCCCCAUGGGGCGAGAUCCCCGCCGGUUCGGAACUUGCCAAGAGGUACCUUGCCAAUGCGCCUGCUCUACCGCAGAGUAAGAAGAAGGACAAGUUCGAAACGGGGCUCAUGGUAAAGGGCAGGAACGAGAGUUGUACGAUGGAAAGGGUGGCUUAUCUCGUGGCGGGGUUGAAGGGCUUGAGUGUCGAGGAAGUGGCGGAUGCUGCAUGGAAGAACAGCGUCAACAUGUUCAAGCUCAGUGAGCUGUAG